AUGCAGUACGUUCAGCUUACAAUCGAGCUCAUCACCAAGGCCUUCGAGACAUUUUCUUCUAAGAAGGGAGUGGAGUUUACCAAGAAAGAUGCAAAUAAGAUCUUUAAGGCGCUUGAUGAGGAUGAGGGAGUAGAGAGAUACUACUUUUGUGGUGCAAAGUGCACCAAGUCCAAGCGCAAAUGCAUGAAGGAAGUUGAUGAUGAAGGCAUGCAUUGUUAUGUCCACGAUCCUGCGCGCAAGUGUCAAGGCACAACCAUUAAGGGCGCUAAUUGUGGUAGUGUAGCCAAACUUGGUGAAACAUACUGUGGACGUCAUCGAGAGCAGCAUAAAGGUCAUAUGAAAAGCAGUAACAAUAAGGCACCUGCCAACAAGCGUACCAAGUCUUCCAAGAUAACCAAGAAGACACAUACUCCUGAGUUUGUCCCUUCAGAUGAUGAUAUGACUUCCGAGGAUGAAGAACCAAAGAAGCGAAAGAGAAACAAGCAGGAGUCAUCGGAUGAGGAGCCGUCCGAUGAUGAUGAAGAAGAUAUAAUUGCCGUCUCCUUUCCGUUGAGUCCAAAGAUGGGACUCCAAGAGGCAACUCCUGCUGAUGUAGAAAAAAUAGAAGAGUCUUCUGCUGAUGAGAAUUCUGACGAUGAUACAGAUGAUGGUGAUACGUCUGAUGAUGCUGGCUCUGACGAUGAUUCCCCUGAUGAUAAAGACUCUGAUGAUGGCAAGUCCAAUAACAGACCUGAUGUAGAAUCUGGAGAUGAUACCUCUAAGGAUAACCCUGAUGAAAAACUAUCUCAUAAAAAAUCAGAGAAAGACAUAGCACGUGCGAAGGACAGAGGAUGGAUGAUUCAUCCUAAUAACGACAUGCUUGAGUAUGCAACUAAGUUUACGAUGAAUGGCAAGUACAUUGUCAGGCUAUCUGGAAAGAAUACAUACGUUGGCCUGUUUACGCUUGAUGCUCUGCGCGGUGUCGGUGAUGUUCCAGAGUUGGAUAUCUUGGAACGCUCCAUGCUUAGCAAGAUGAAACUUCAACCAUUGUCUGAUGAAGAGAGAAAGACGCUUUUCAACGAGGAGAUCGAAGUAGAAGAAGAAGUACCAGUAGAAGGACCAACAGAUAAAUCCAAGGUGAUAUGGAAAAAACUUAACAAGUACUUGGAAUAUUCCGAGAAUGUACUUGUAAAUGGAAUGCACAUUCUCAAGAUGCGCAAAAAAGACACUGUAAUCGGCUUGAUGACUGAUGACCAUAUUGCUGCAGAGAAUGUAGAGUGUCAUUCUCUUAGCCAGAAGGAAAAAGAGAAGUUGUUUGCUAUGGGAUUUAAACCGCAUGAGCAUAAGCAAAGCUUGCCACAGAAAGAUGAGAGCACAUGUGAGGAUGAUAAAGAUGCUGAGGGCGAUAAAGAUGCUGAGGGCGAUAAAGAUGCUGAGGAUGACAAAGAUGCGGUGGGUGAUAAAGAUGCUGAAGAUGACAAAGAUGCUGAGGGUGAUAACGAUGCUGAGGAUGACAAAGAUGCUGAGGGUGAUAACGAUGCUGAAGAUGAUAAAGAUGCUGAGGAUGAUAAAGAUGCUGAGGAUGUUAUGUGGAAAAGUCGAGACAAAUUUACCAACAACAAACAAAAGCAGAAGUUAAUUGCCAUGGGGUUCACGAUCGAGGAAUUGCCUAAAUUGUACUCUCCAGAUGUAAAGUUUUGGUAG